CACUGAACGAAUAUUACGGAGAUAGGCAAAAUUCGAGGACCAGCGAAAUUUGAACCGGCGAAACUAAAUUCAGUAAUUGCACAGCGAAGCAUUGGCACCUGACUGUAUUGAAAGGACAUCAAUUAAAAUAUAUAUCGGAUGAUAAGGAGUUCUAAUUGAGAUAUCACAGCCCAAGAGAAGAUGCCCUGUUUUGACAAGCAGAAGAAAUGGGUGUUGAACCAUCUUCCUGGUCAGUCUGAUAAGAAGGAGGUGAGCAGUGGUGAGAUGGAGAAAGCUCUAGAGGCUGAAAGACCUGCAUCCUAUAAUGAUACAGGUGAAGAGGAAGGAGAUGAGAACACAGAACGAGGCAACUGGACCAGACAACUUGACUUUGUGCUGUCAUGUGUUGGAUAUGCUGUCGGCCUUGGCAAUCUCUGGAGGUUUCCAUAUAUCUGUAUGCUUAACGGAGGAGGUGCCUUCCUGAUCCCUUACUUCACAUUCCUGAUCAUCUGUGGCAUUCCUCUGUUCUUCAUGGAGCUCACCUUGGGUCAGUUCUCCAGUCUCAGUCCCAUCUCUGUCUGGAAGAUGUGCCCAUUGUUCAAAGGUUUAGGCUGGGGCAUGGUGCUUGUAUCAGGUAUCGUGUGUGUCUACUAUAAUGUUAUCAUCACCUGGUGUCUCUACUAUCUCAUCAUGUCCUUUACCUCCAAGCUCCCCUGGGGCUCUUGUGACAACAGCUGGAACACCGACUUGUGUGCCACUUCUACAGGGAACAAGACAGAAUUUACAAAUAUGACUAUUAGUAACGUCACUGAUCAGUCGAGUGUGUACAGCAUGGUGACAGCAGUUACUGAAAUGACGGGGAACUUCACAAAUGUAACAAUGGGAAAUGUAACAGAAGUUAAAAAGAUGACAUCCGCUGAGGAAUAUUGGCAAUAUAACACUCUUGAGAUGACAAAGAGCAUGAAUGAACUUGGUGGGAUCAGAUGGCAGCUUCUGCUGUGCCUGGUACUAUCUUGGGUACUUGUCUUUGUAUGUCUUUGCAAGGGUGUCAAAUCAUCAGGCAAGGUGGUCUAUGUAACUGCAACUGCCCCCUAUAUCUUUCUAGUCAUCCUCCUCAUUAGAGGCCUAUUAUUGCCAGGAGCCAUGGAUGGAAUAAAGUUUUAUGUCACUCCAGAUUUCAAAAGACUACUUGACUACAAGGUGUGGGUAGAGGCUUGCCUACAAAUAUUCUACUCCCUGGGUCCUGCCUGGGGUGGCCUAAUCACAAUGUCAAGCUACAACAAGUUCCACAAUAAUGUAUACAGGGAUGCCAUAUUCGUACCUUGUGUAAACUGUGGCUCCAGUUUCUUUGCUGGUUUUGUCAUAUUCAGUGUCCUGGGCUUUAUGGCCAAAGAAUCUGGGCUAAAUGUUAAAGAUGUUGUAAAACCAGGUCCUGGAUUAGCAUUCUCUGCCUACCCACAGGCAAUCACAAAGCUCCCCAUAUCCCCCCUCUGGGCCGUCAUGUUCUUCUUCAUGUUAUUAACCCUGGGGCUGGAUACACAGUUUGGUAUGUUUGAGACUCUUACAAGUGCUUUUGUGGAUGAGUUCCCUGGACUGCUAAAGGGCAAGAAGUUACGAUUCACAAUAUUCAUUUGUGUCAUACAAUUUUUAGCAGGAUUGAUAUUCAUAACACGGGCUGGAAUAUAUUUCUUUGUUUUAUUUGACUGGUACUCAGCAGCUUUCUCAGUAAUGGUUAUCUCUUUGCUGGAGUGUGUCGCUGUUGCAUGGGUAUAUGGGGUGGAUCGCCUAUACUAUGACAUUGAACUGAUGAUUGGUUAUAAGCCCUCCAUUAUCUGGAAAGUUUGCUGGCGUUUUAUUACCCCUAUAAUUAUGUUGGUAAUCUUAGGGUUUACAAUAGGCACAAUGAAUGAGCCAAAGUAUGGAGAUUACACAUUACCACGUUGGGCUAUUGCUCUCGGAUGGUGUGUUGCUAUGGUUUCUAUUAUACCAAUACCUGGAAUUGCUAUUUACAAGAUCAUAAAGGAGAAAGGAACACUUCGUCAGAGGCUCUGGAAGUUGACCCGACCAGAGGAUGAUUGGGGUCCAGCAUUGCAGAAAUAUCGCAAGACCUAUAAAUACAGCAAAAACUAUAAUUCUGCAAAUAAUGGAGAGCUCCACAAUCUAUACCCUGUUACAACGACCAUAAAUACAGGAAUUACUCCACCAACUAACGACAAAGUAGAUAAUGUAUAGACUGAAGAAAUGUAUAGACUGAAGAAGAAGCUAGAAGUUGUGUAUAUUUUCUGUUGUUGAGAAUAGAAAGCAACUAAUCUGUGCGAGGGGAGAUUGGAAAGUCUGCAUGCAUAUUUCAGAAGUAUUACAUUGAAUUCCAAUACCCUACAUCUUGAAUCUAAUUUGACAAAAAUGAAAAGACAACCUAUUGUUAUAAGUUACCUAAGAUGUCUGCCUAUUGAGUGUCCCCUCUCAUUAAUUAAUGCCAGGGACCAUUUAAAGGAAAACCUUUGUCAAAGACUGAAUAAUUGUGGGUCUGUUAUAAAAAUGUCACGAAAACCAUAUUGCUGGUUGAUACAGAUAAAAUUUGAAAUGGAUAUAGAGAUGACUUUGAUCUUAUUGAUUUUAGGAAAAUAUCCAUAUGACAAUUUUAUUGCUGAUUGAGAUAUGGUUGAAUAUUAUGAUAUAACAUGUACUCCCAAUGGAUCGUUGAAGUGUGUGUAUACUUUGAAACUGUUACUAUGUAGAAAUUAUUAAGAAUGUUAUUGCCAUAUAUUAUAAAUUUUGAUGCAAUUUACGAUGAGGCUGUGAAAAAUCUAUAUUAAUGUUGUCCCAGUACUGUGUCACAUUUAAUGUGUAUUUGUACAUAGUGUAGGCCAUAAAACAGGGUGUGGCCUGAGAAUUCAAAUCAUGCUGAAAUUAAUGCCUGGUCUGUUACUGAUCUGUCCCAUCUCCCGAGUGACUUAUUUUAGACCAUUUUCUGGAUAUUCUUGUUCAUUGUAAAAUCUGGACAGUGAUCAAUAUACAAAUUCUUGUGCUAUACCUUGCUUUGUUAUCACACAAUGCUUGAUCAGGUAUUAUGUAGUAAUCUAUCAAUUGACCAACUUGGUUCAACCAUCACAGAUAGAUCAUGUCUAAAUAUCCAUACAAAAUAAAUUAAUGCAUAUUUUGUCAUAAGUAAUUUAUCUGAAAAGAUACCUGAUUAUCAUUUUCAAAUCCAAAAUUAGCAAAAAGUCUUAUUUCAAAGGAUAAAAUGACAUUUAUUAAAAUAUGUAUGGCGUGCAUGAUAAGUGCUUUUUCUCAUUAAAGUUAAUUUAUACUAGGGUUGAUCUAUAUUAUGCAGAGUAUCAGCAUAUUGUCAAAAAUGAAAAAAUGAGUACAAUAUUCUGCCAAAUUUUGGUUACCUAUAAUAUGUGGUGUGAUUGUCCACAUGUGGUAUAAUACUUGUAUGAUUUAUUUUCCAGAUGUGUUUUAAUACCCCAUGGAAUCAUAAGUCAAAAUGCUCCAGUGUUUUUUGAUAUUUAAAGUUUUACAUUUAGAUCUUCCCUUGUAUAAUUAAAAUGACUCAUUACAAUUAAAUAUGCAACAACUGAAGGCUGUGAACUUUUGUAUUGAAGAUUUUACGCAUUACAUACAUAUAUAUGUAAAACUAAUUAUAAAAUUGUAGACAUGUAGUUGUAAUUGUAAAAAUAUGUUUGAAUGUUGUCAGGUUAAACAUAAGUUGUUAUCGAUCUGGCUUAUUAAGUUGAACCUUUUUCACAUAGGCUUGCAUCAUGAGGGCAACAUGGAUAUAUAGCUAGGGCAUCACCCAUAUAUGGGGAAACACAGAUAUAUUGGGAAACACAGAUAUAUAGGGCAGCUCAGAUAAAAGGGGCAGCAC